AGACAAUGGAGGUGAAGGGUCAAGCGGAUAUUCCUAGGAGCUUCCGGUAGCAGGGAAGUGUAGCGGUUAUGGCUAAGCAUCAUCCUGAUCUGAUAUUCUGCCGCAAGCAGGCUGGCGUUGCCAUCGGAAGACUGUGUGAAAAAUGUGAUGGCAAGUGUGUGAUCUGUGACUCCUAUGUGCGCCCCUGCACCCUGGUGCGCAUUUGUGAUGAGUGUAACUAUGGAUCUUACCAGGGUCGUUGUGUGAUCUGUGGAGGUCCUGGAGUCUCCGAUGCCUACUAUUGUAAAGAGUGCACCAUCCAGGAGAAGGAUAGAGAUGGUUGCCCAAAGAUUGUCAAUUUGGGGAGCUCUAAGACAGAUCUGUUCUAUGAACGUAAAAAAUAUGGCUUCAAGAAGAGGUGAUUGGCGGGUGAGCCCAGCCUCCCGCCAUGGAGCUACUGCAGCUGCCAGAAAAGACAUCCACCCCCCAGCAGAAAGGAGCGAAGCCCGGCAUCACCAAAACUGCCUGUUGACGCAUUGGCACUUGCCAGCCUCCCCACCCCGCCACCCCACCCCACCCGCACCCAGAUGGGUGGGGAUGGAGUAAGAUUCUUCAGAGAGCCGUCUGACAGACGAUCAGAAGUUGAUAGGUUCGUGGGUUUUCUUGAAUGCAAGAACCAAGCUCUGUUCUCCACGUCGCUAUAUUCUCUCUACACCGAGACUCAAACAAGAAUGUCCUUUCAGACUUCUCUCUGAGGAAUUGGGGUGAAGCCACCCCCCAGUGAAAAGCGUGUCCUGGUAGCCCCAUGGAUGGCACUUGUCCUUAAUGGCCCUCUGUGUGGCGGGGCGCCAUGGGACACCAAAUGUGACGUGAGCUUUUGAUCUGGUAACGCUCACCAGGUGGUGCUGGUUUCAGGUUAUUUUUCUGCUGCGAAAUUGGAAACCCUUUCUGUUGCUAUUGUUUUAAUAAAGUUGGUGUUUAUUUUCUGGUA